AUGGCAGCUAUCACGGCAUCGAGCCCUUUGGCUCAGGCUAUUGAUGAGUUCCUAGAUGAUAUGAAGACUCGCGACCGGAAGAGCCCAUUCUACAAAGAAGUCUUGACCUCAAGGUCGGUUUUGGCACUAAAUUCAAACCCACAAGGCGUCGAAUUAUGUGCGGAAGAACUGAGGGGAUAUGUAAAAGAGCUCGAAGAGCAGAAGAGCACGUCGAAGUCGUUGAGAGGACUUGGGGCCCUUGCACCUUUCAUCAAUGGCCUUGUUAUGUUGAUGGACGCUUGCUCCAUGCUGGUACAGGCAAGUCCCUUCGCGGUUGGUGUGGCUCUAUCGGGCGCUCGUUUUGUGCUCAAGCUCGCACACAACACCAACUCGAUGUUUGAGCUCGUAUCAGACACGAUGGGCAAAAUCGGAAUGUAUCUUCAGUGCUAUGGCAAGUUUGCUGUUGCGUAUAAAACCUCUGAUGAGGUACGCGAGUGUCUUGUUGCCUCGUACAAGAACAUCGUUAGCUUCUGGGCAACGGCUUCGAAACUACUGUCCGAGCACGUUUUUAUAAGCGCGAUUAAGAACAUUGUUAAUUCCAUGACCGAUGAAAUAAACCUGACUGUCGAGCGUCUUAGCAAAGAUUGUGCUCGAGUCCUGGCAAUCACUGCGGCCGAAGAAGCAAUGCUUGUCCAUGAUGAUAGGAAGCGUAACGCUAUAGAACAAGAAAAUAAAAUGAAGGAAGGAAUUUUUGACUGGAUCAGAGCGGGCGAUGACCUCGAUCUCCGCGGUCACUUGCAAAUGUAUUCUGAACGAAGGCAUGCAGAGACAUGCGAGUGGCUCUUUGACGAACCAGAAUUCCAACGCUGGCGUGACGACUUGACCACCAAUGUGUUCUGGUACAAUGCGCCACUAGGCUCUGGGAAAACGGUUCUUUCAUCAGCCGUUAUCAACCAUUUGACGAAGAAGAAUCUUCCGACAGCAUACUACUUCUACUCUUUCAGCGACUUCACUCUAAGGAAGGCCAUUACGGGUCCUCGUGCCCUUGCUCUACAGCUCCUUAACAUUAUCAAGACUGGAAUUCCGGAUACAGUGGUCGAACUUUACCAGAGUGAAAUGGCACAGCAUGCAAGAUACAUACAUAUCCCGUCAGUUGCAGUGGACACGGUAAAUCGCAUUCUAAAGGGAUGCAGCCUUGUCUAUGUGAUUGUUGAUGGCCUGGAUGAAUGUGUCGAUGAUCAAAGAAUGCGAGAAAUGUUCACAAAAAUUGUAUCCUCUCCAGCUUACGGCACAACCAAAUGGUUCUUCACUAGCCGGGAUGACGUGAAGAUUCGAAACAUGAUGAAGCAGUUGAAAGCCGUGACAUUUUCUCCUAGUACAUCCACCCUGUCGGCGGACAUCAAGCUGUUCUUGUCAGACGGGCUACAGUCAAUCAAGUGUGCCGCAAACCACAUCAAUUAUUUCGUUGAGAAACAUAUCGAAGGGAGCUUCCUCUACUCGAAAUUCUUGGUUGAUACACUACAAGGCGAAGGCAUUACCUGUGACGAUGAUAUCAGUAAGGCCUUGGAAGAGUUUCCUAAAAGUCUGACCGGAUACUAUAUUCGUACACUACUCAAGCUCUGCGAAAGGCCCGAACGAGAGCAAGAACUUGUCAGACGAGUCUUUAGGAUACUAAUUACUACGGUCCAGCCUAUUACUUGGAAUGAGCUCUGCAAUGCACUUUCGAUCCGGACCGGCGAGAAGGAUUAUUUGAAAGGGCAUGAACCUCGCGAGCAGCAGAUUCAUUCUCUCUGCGGAUCCUGGUUGCUCUUAGAUUCCUCUUCUACUGAUAACAAAAACGAUCAGAAGAUCAGGUUGGGACACAAAACCAUCCAAGACUUCCUCGCCCAAGACUUUGAAGAUCUUCUCAUCGACCAAUCCAUUCGACAGAUGGAGCAGGAGAAUCUGUCUCGGAUUCAAAAAUUCUUUGUUAACUCAAACGAUGCUUCUCGACAAAUUGGACGCGAGUGCCUGACAUUCUUAAACUACAAGCGCUAUGAGUCAUUUGCUACUGCUAAGGCAGUCCUGGACGAGAACACCAGAGAACACUCGUUUUUGAGAUAUGCUGCAGCCUUUUGGUUCAUCCACUUUGAUGGAGAAAAUAAUAGCAAAGAAGAUUUCGAAGAGGUAAAACGUUUUCUUCAGAGUACAAACCUUUGGACUUGUGUUGCUGUACAAAGUCGCAUCGUCCCUUAUCUUUUCGGUCGAUACGCCAAACAAGGAGCCGGCACCUACCAGAUGAGCCUGCGACAAACGGGCUGGGACAAGCAGGAUUCUUUCGGUGUCCCAUUGCCUACGUGGUUGGAGCAACAUCCACCCCAUGGACCCGCGUUGGAUCUUGACUUUUGUGCUUUCAUAAAUGAUUGGCACGAAGUUCUAGCAUCUCGACCGGAUAUCUUAGAUCAAUGUGUUCCGUUGAGCACCAUGGAAUCAAAGCUUGGGGGUGAAUUCCCUCAAUCAGAAAGAAUAAAAGUCUGGAGGUCCAGCGAAAAGCUCAAUUUGAGUGAUAUCUCAGAGCUUCGCCUGAAUUCCAUAUUUCUUUCCAAAGGGAAGUUGUUCGCGGACUUGAUUUACCAUAAUCGAAAUGACCCUUCAGAUCUCUUCCACUACCAUCCGGUCACCAUUUUCUCAAAAAGCAAGGCGACACGAAGCACUUUCCGUCCUAUCCCCCGACUUACAGAGUUGAAUUGGGAAGAAACUGCAUUUCAAGUUCAAGAGUCGUCUUCGAUGGUGAAUAUCCUGGAAUAUGAUACAGUGUCUAGACAGCUCCGAUCUUCUCAAAAUGGUGUCUCCAAAACAUUUUCAGCCCCGAGAUCCUUGGGAGAAGCUCGUCAAAAUGAGAACUGGCUGGUGAAACGCAAAGACAGCAAGUCUGCAGCAUGGGGAGUAGUGACUAUCUUCCACAUUUCAAAAGAAAUAUUGAAGCAAGGACCGUUAUGGCAACGCGAUCAUUCGAGUUCCGAAUCGGACUCUAGCUCAUCGGGCUCAGAUUCAAACUCAGACUCAGAUUCAGAUUCAGAAUCUGGAUCAGGAUCAGACUCAAAUUCAGACGCAGACUCCGCCUACCACUCUGGCUACGACGAGGAACGACACAGAGAUACCCAAUCACCUGAAAAGCUAGCACGAAAAUGGUUGAUCGUAUAUCAUCAGUCCUAUUCACCGCUCUGGAUUCCUCUAGCUGACCACAACACUGCUGGAAGCUCAUUUGCGCUCCAUCCAUCUCUGCCUCUCGCUGUUAUAACUUCCAUCAAGAGCCAGGCUAUAAUUGUCAGAUUUGACACAGAAACAUGGAAUACUGUGGACUAUCCAGGUAUCUCCAAAGAUAAAGAACCUCUUUUCUAUCAAGACCUCCAUUUUUCUUCAUGUGGAAAGCUCUUUUACUCCCUAGACUCCUCAUUCAUAAACGGUGACGACUACUCUGAGUGUCAUUUGCGUCUGUCUACAUAUUCAAUUUCGUCAGGUCAUGGAAUUUCAAACAUUGAAGAUACCCCGACACCAAAACCCGAACUCACAUAUAGAUUCGGCGAACGAAUUGAGAGUCUACCCCCUCAUCUACCAAUCCUCGUCCACUGGAGCGACAACGAGGUGGUUAUUGCUCUGCCACCGCUAACCUGCGAGCCGAAACUAGUCAAGUUUAACUUGCACGCGCCGAAUCAAGAAGUAAAAACACUACAAGAUCCAAUAUAUUUCCCCUCCUCGACGCUAUCUUCGAAUCCGAUCCUGCUAUACCGCCACAGAUCUUCAAAAGAGCAUGAAAUCUUUCUCUCGUUGACACGAAAGCCACCAUGUCCGUCCAAACCACAGCCAUCCGAGGAACAAGUUCCUACGCCUACUGCUCCACCCGCUUCACCUGUCGUGAUGCGUUGGAAAAUAUCAAAUGAGAAUGGAUGGCGGGUCUGGGACCCUAAAUGCGAUGAAAGGUCCACGGAUCUAAAACUAGGAGUUGACUAUAUUCGAAUGUUGCGUGGCGGAUUUGUAGACGAUGAGAGGAAAUUUGAGGUGCCGAUUAGGAGUGGACUUGACUGGACGCGAAAGGCGUUCUUAUCUUGUGCUUAG